GGAAAAGUGUGGAAAAGUGUUCUUGAAUCACAGCCCUUGCGAACCUACACACCCAAGCACGAGCCUGCCACAGCUGGGAAAACGAGGACGAGCUUCAAGCCCUAACCAAGAUGGUCCUUGCGACAUGCUUUCCACUAAACACAGGGCAAUCAAUCCCUUCUGUGGGACUGGGAACCUUCCAGGCGAACGUGGGCAAUGACCGCGUGACCGAAGCUGUGCGCAAUGCCUUAGACGUUGGAUAUCGCCAUUUUGACACGGCCUAUCAAUAUGGAACUGAGAAGCAUAUUGGACUGGCAAUCAGAGAAAGUGGAUAUUCAAGGGAAGAAAUCUUUAUCACCUCGAAAUUAUGGAAUACAUGGCACGAACCAAAAGAUGUGGAAGAAGCCUUGGAUCGAAGCUUACGAGACCUGGGAACAGAUUACGUUGAUUUAUACUUGAUGCAUUUUCCUCACGCGUAUCAGAUUGACCGUGAGCACAACGCCUUGCGUAAGGCAGACGGCAGCGGUAGGCCGGAAAUAAAUUUCGAGCUAUCACGAAACUAUCAAGCUACCUGGGCCGCGAUGGAAGGCCUCGUCCGCAGCGGUAAGGCCCGGGCGAUUGGACUCGCCAAUUUCAGCAUCACCAAGAUGAAACGCAUCCUGUCGACAUGCCAAAUAAUCCCUGCAGUAAAUCAAGUCGAGCUGCAUCCGCUUCUUCCGCAGUACGAUCUUGUUGAAUUUUGCCGGCGGCAUGGCAUUCUCGUUGUGGCGCAUCAGCCUCUUGGCGGGGAGCCAGUCAACAACGGUCGCGAAGGCCAUGAUAAAGCAGCUUCGCCUCUGAACAAUGCAACAAUCACUGAAGCUGCUAAACAGUGCGGGAUUACUCCAGCUCAAGUCUGUCUAUCCUGGGCUGUACAGCGUGGUGUUCCGGUUGUGCCCAAAACAGUGACCCAGGCGCGCAUGGUUGAGAACAGCACUCUGACCACACUCCCUGAGGAUGUGUUCCAGAAGGUGAGCAAGGUGCAUCUGGAAACUGGGGCUAUUCGCUUUUUAAACAUCACAGAGAAGAUCGGAUUUGACAUAUUCGAUGAGACGGAAGACCAGCCACUGUAAAUGUUCGUCUUGAAAGUUGUUCACCAAAUUGUGAGUUGAUUUGCUAGCCAAAGAGGAAUCCAUUCAAUGUUGUUCUCUUCAUAUAAGACGUGGUUUAGGGAGUGCUUAGAAAU